AUGGAAAAAGGCGCCAUUAGUUCAUGGUCUAAAGAAAAAUUAGAAGAUCAAUAUUUACGAUUGUACGAUGAUUAUUUAACAUUGAAAAAACAUGCAUGUAAACAAGAGGAACGUAUUAAAAAAAUGGCCACUAAAAUUCUACGUUUAGCUGGUGACAGGAAAGAAUCUGAUCCUGGUGGUGUAUGGAAAGAAGAUUAUCAAGAACAGAUUGAAGUGUUGGAGCGAAAAAAUGCAGCAUUAACAAGAAAAUUAACUUUAGUACAAAAUCAAUUAAAUGUUCAAAAACAAAGAAUUGGUUGUUUACCAAAUUCCGCUAGAAAAGCUAGUUCUGCAACAUUUCAUUCAACAAGUCGUCAUUCGACUGCCGGUGAAAAACCUGUCAAUAAUGCUGCCAAUGUUAUACAAAUGUUACGUUUUCAAAAUUCCGCUUUUGAAAAAACUGUACAAAAAUUAUCGGAACAAUUAAAAGAACGUGAUGAAUUAAUUGGUCAAUUAAAACAAGACUUGGAAAUCAAAGAGAAAAUGCACACGAAUGAUUUAUUUACACUGGGUGAACAAGUCACAUCAAAACAAAGAAUUGCUGUCCAAGAAAAUAUCGAUUUAAUUCGUACACAAAGAGAAUUACGUGAGAAACAAUUAAAAAUCACAAAUUUAGAAGCACGUGUUCGAGAAGCUGAAUCAAAUUAUGACAUCACAAAAUCAACCAAUCGUCAAUUAGUUUCGGAAAUUGAACGUUUAACACGUGAAUCUAGUCAAUUAGAACAAAAAUUAUUCCGUUUGGAAUCGGAUAGUAAUGUAGCGUCGAAACAACAGUUGAAAAUUUUAGAACUUCAAUAUGCAUUGGAUGAUGCAAAACGUGAAAAUCAAGCAUUUAAAGAAUCCAAUGAAAAAUUAAUAGCAAAUGCAUUAUCUGCUGGACCUGAACAACAACAACAGCAACAUAAUUCCACAUUGAAAGAACAAAAACUUCGUGGACAAAUUAAUCAUUUAGAAAUGAUGGUACAUAAUUUACAACAACAAUUAUUCAAAAAACAAGUUGAACAUCAACGAAACUUAUUACCGUCAUUCAACAAUGAUCAAUGUGUUGAUGAAGAGCAAAUUAUAUUGAACAAUGCACAAUUGAAUAAAUUAGAAAGUGUACCAAUAAUUAAACAAGGCAAUCAAUCAAAUUCCAAUGAACAAUCAUCAUCAAUAAUGAUGACAACACCAAUUCAAAUGUUUGCUCAAAUCACUGGAUUUACUGUUGACGAACUGGAAGAUGCUAUCAUGGUUUUAAGAGAACGUAAAUCUAAAUCUCAAACAAUCGAUGCAGAUCUACCUAUAAAUGUGAAUAAAUAUUUAUUAGAUCAAAAUAGAGACCCAUUAAAAGAAUUAAAUGAAGCUGAAGCUUUACAUGCGGAUACAAUUGCUGAGUUGGAAAAAACACGAAAAUUAUUAAGUGUUCAAUAUAAUAUUAAUAAAGAUUAUCAAGUGGAAAUAAAAGAACUAACUGAUAGAUUGACCGAGUUUAAAUCUGAAUCAGAUCAACGUAUAAGUGAAUAUGGAAAAUUAUUAAAUAUUCGAGCUGAUCGAAUAAAACAAUUAGAAAAUCAGUUGCACGAUUUAGCUUAUGGCUCAUCGAAUAAACGUAAGAAUAGUCCAUUGUCCAUUGAAAAAGUCACAACCGAAGAUGAUUUAGAACCAGGAGAAAGUUUAAUUGAGUUACAUAUUGGUCAAUUACAAAUAUUACCAUCUGUACUGCACAAAUAUCAAAUGAGCAAUAAAAAUACCGACAAUAUUGACGAAUCCAUAAUGCAUGCAUUUUUAACAUGGGAUUUUUAUGAUUUCGAAACACAAGCCACACCAAUUGUACAUGUUCAACAUUCAAUAGAUAUCAAUAUGACAGUACAAUAUCCAGUUGAAGUGAAUGAUACAUUAAUGAAUUAUUUACUAAAGGAACCAUGUACUGUAGAAAUGUAUCAAGUUAUCAAUUCUAGUUAUCGUACUAUUGCUGUUGGUAAACUUGAUUUCUCACAAUUAUUCAGUGGAAAAGAUGAUACUAUUGAAUUAAAAAAUGAUCAAGGUGGUGUUGUACGUCGUCAAGGUCAGUUAGAUUUAUUACUAAACUGUUGUACUACUCUGGAUAAUAAUUCUGUAAACAUACAAGAAAAAACAGAACAAAUUAAAUUAGGAACAUUAGACUAUUGGAUACGUUUAUGUACACCAAUGGCAGAUUCAAUUAAACUUUAUAAGCAAAGAUUUCAACAAUUGCCUGGUUUAAUUUCAACCAAUCAUAAAUCUACCAUCAUCACUAAUCAAUGUUCAAUCGAUUCUUCAUCAUCUAGAAAUUUACUGACAAUUGAAAUUAUAAAAAUCACAAAUUUAUUAUUAUUACUAAUGAAUAAUAAUCGUUUGAAUAAAUUACUACCAUCUAGUUAUUUUGUUUAUCAAUUUUAUGAUCAAUUAGAGUAUGCUUCAAAAAUUAUCAGUGAUAAUUAUUCACCUGUAUUUAAUGAUCAUUGUGUCAUACCAGUUGAGAUGGAUGAGAAACUUGAUCAUUAUUUAAGAACAGAAAAUUUAAAAAUUUACAUUGUCGAUAGUGCAGAUCCUUCACCGGAAACAAGUUGCCUUGGCAUAGCUUUAAUCCCGUUGAUUGGUUUAGUGAAUCAGAAUCAACAAAUUGACGGUGUAUUUGAAAUUAUUCCUUUGUCUACAUACAUGAAACAACAAGAACAAUUACCAUCAAAUCAGUUAGGGAAAUGGAAUCAAAUCAACGAAAAUUCACACAAUUGUGGUUUAUUAUACGUAAAAAUGUAUUGGAAACAACCUUACAUUGUUACUCAUGUUAACAACAAUUCUAAGCCAUUAGUAUAUAAUCAAACAAGCAUGGAAGAAUCAAAUGAUUUAGAAAUGGAACCAGUGAAACAAGUUGCAGAGAAACCUUAUGUUGCUCAACAAGAAUCUCCUAAGAAAAUUCACCAACAAUCAACAUUAUCAUCAACUUCUCAUGUUUCAUUUGCAAAGCCUGUUGAUAAAUUGUAUCCAAGUGAUAAGUUGUCUCACGAUACAGUUAAUCUAGAUCAGAUCGUUGAAAAUAGUCCGGAAAAAAUUGUCCAUACAACGGAUAAUCAGAUCCCAGUUCAAUCCAACAAUAAUAAUAGUUCAAUGAUCAAUAAAAACGCUGAUGAAAAUUUAUCAUCAUCAUCGCUAAAACAAACUGAACGCGGGAAUCCCAAAGAAAAAUCGAUUGUUCCAACUCCACAUCCUCGAACAAAAACAAGUGAAUUGAAUGAAACAAAAUUACAUUUAACAUUGAACAAUUCCAAUUUAAAAGAUGAGAUCAAUUUGAAUGCAUUAGAAAAUACUUCACAGAAUACUACAACUACUACUACUACUACUACUACUAGUACACCGAUCAAUAAAAACAUUGUCAAAAACACUGACUCAUCAUUUUCAACUACUACACCUUCAUCACUAUCUAUCAAUGAUGAAAAUCAUGUGAAAAUUGAACUACAUGGUUUACAAUUAACAGAUUUAACGUCACUGUCAAAAAAUCACACUACACUACCAUGUCAAAUAUUUGUGGAAUAUUCAUUUCUUGGUUGCAAAGAACCAUUUGAAACUGGUUCUUAUCCACUAGUUGAAUGGAAAGAUAAUAAUGAUAAGAAUAUUUUGAAAGCAAAUUUCUAUUACAGUAAACUAUUUCCAGUGGACUACACCAAUAACUAUGAACGUAGACAAUAUUUAGCAAGUUACCUAUUACCAGAAGAUCCAAACAACGGUAAUUUAAUGUUUAUCAUUGUUAGUGAACCAUCCACGUCGACUACACAAUCAGCUGAAUGUGAAGAGAUUGGUUGUGCGAUGAUUAAUCUGAGAGAAAUUAUACAAAAUCAUUGUGAUAUUGAUCAUGUAUUUAUUCCAAUUACAGCUAUGAAAACUAUCAAUAAUGAUGAAACACAGAGUUUACAUGAUGAAAUCGGUAGACUUUGUGCAUCAUUUCAUGGAUUAGCUGCGCUACAAGCAAUUAUUGCUGAAAUGCCUCAAGUGAAAUUGGCCAUUUAA